AUGACGUCGACUGACGACAGCACCAGCACCUCGGCCUCGGCCGGGGAUGCGCACAGACCCGGACGACCACGGCCAUCAACACCAACGACGGCGCACCUCUGCCUCCUCCGCAUCCCCGAGCUCGCCGAGCUGGUCUUCCAGCACCUCCCGCCGCGCGACCUCCUCCUCGCGCAGCGCGUGUGCCGCACCUUCCAUGCCACCAUCCGCUCCUCGCCCGCCCUGCAGCAACGCCUCUUCUUCUCCCCGGCGAAAAGGUCGACGAAGCGGCCCUGCAAGCUGCCUCGCCGCCGCCGCGACGACGACGACGACGAAGAUGGAGAAGAAGAAGAAGAAGAAGCGUGGGAACUGAACCCGCUCCUCGCCGCCGCCUUCCCGCCGUGGUUCCGCCCGCGCUACGUCAAGUCGCGGUGGGACUGGCCGAUGGCGCGGUCCUUCGCCGAGGACCUGCCGUGGGCGGACGACGAGCGCAGGGUGCGCGCCUUCAUGCGCCCGCACGCGAGCUGGCGCCGCAUGCUGGUGACGCAGCCGCCGCUGAGGGACGUGCAGAUGCUCGUCAAGUGCGAUCACGUCCGCAACCUGGUGAGCGACGAUUACGUGCGUUUUGUCGGCGGGCGGCGGGCUGCGGCGCCGCGUCGUGGCGAAGACGCGGGGGAGGGGCUGCAGGCCGGCGACGGCGCGUUCGGCGAGCUUUUGGAGGACGCGCCGGGCGUGACGAUGGGCUUUUUGUACGACGUCACGCAGGACUUUGUGCUGGGGAGGCACGUCGUCAGCAAUUUCUUCAUCCAGUGGCGGCCCUUCUUGCCGCCGGACACGCGCGGCUACGUGUCGGAUGAGGACGAUGAGGACGAUGGGUUUGUCGACGAGCCGGAUGAUGUGUGCGGCUUCGGGACGCCGAGCUGGAGACGGAGAGACGAGGAGCCCCGUGACAUGCUCGCAAUUCAUUUGAGCUAUACCGCUCAACGUGACGCAACAUUCCUCCCCACCCAGAUGCCACAGUUGAGGAGCAAAGGGUACCGGGAGAAUCGAACCUACCGGAAGCUCCUGGAUACAUGUGCGCGUUUCGUUGCUUCAGAGGGAUCUAUGGAGGGUCAGCCCACCGACUUUUAUGAAACCUGCGCAUUCGAGCACCGCCGGCACGGCGAUACAAUGCUGACCUGGAACAUGGCCAGCCUUGAUGGCUCGAAAUUCGCACAGUUCCCCUGGACGUAUAACGCGCAGCUGAACUACCGCGGCGAGACUUGGAAGUGA